CGCAAUAAAACCCCGCCAAAUAAUUUGAAAAGAAAAUCUUGUAACUAAUUUCAUUGAUUCCGCUGUCUAUUUAUCUUGAUUACGUCAAACAAAACGUGAGCAGGUGCUGUUAGGUACACUUAAAGCAAUAGCCAAGAUGCACGCUUUCUUUAAACCAACUGGAACUAAAAGCUCAGUGGGUGCGAAUGUCACCAAAGAUGUCACAGCAGGGACUUCUGGGAAAUCUAAGGCGAAAAGACCACGACAAGUUCCAUGGGUGGAGAAAUAUCGACCAAAGAAUCUAGAAGAGGUUGCACAUCAAGAAGAAGUUGUUAAUGUGCUAAAGAAAUCACUGCAAGGAUCUGAUUUACCCAAUUUGUUGUUUUAUGGGCCACCUGGAACAGGAAAAACGUCAACAAUUCUUGCUGCUGCUAAAGAAUUAUUCGGACCAGUGCUUUUCAAAGAGCGUGUCCUUGAGCUAAACUCUUCCGACGAGCGAGGGAUCAACGUCAUUCGUGAGAAAGUGAAGACUUUUGCACAGCAAACAGCAAGUAGCUUCAGAUCAGAUGGCAAAUCAUGCCCACCGUUCAAGAUCAUUAUAUUAGAUGAGGCAGAUUCAAUGACAAAACCUGCACAGGCUGCCUUGAGACGCACAAUGGAAAAAGAAUCCCGCAUGACCCGAUUCUGCCUUAUAUGUAACUACGUUAGCCGAAUAAUUGAACCAAUCACUUCUCGAUGUGCAAAAUUUCGAUUUAAACCUCUUGAUGAAACUAUAUUGAAAACGAGGCUGAGGGAAAUAUGUGAAGGAGAAAAUGUGAAGUGUGAAGAUGAGGCUAUUGAAGCUCUUUUAGCCACGUCAGAGGGUGACAUGAGAAAGGCCAUAACUUUCCUACAAAGUGCCGCUAGGUUACACCCAGAAGAUGAAAUCACAAAGAGUGACAUCUACGAAAUAGCAGGGGUAAUAUCAGAUGAAGAAAUAGAUGGCGUUCUCAACACAUGUUUUUCUGAUUCCUAUGAAAAACUUGAAGCAGUUGUCAAAGAUGUUAUGCUUAAUGGCCACUCGGGGGCGCAGAUCAUCAAUCAGAUGCAUGAUAAAUUAAUCACCAUGGAUACGCUCAGUGAUAAACAAAAGGCAGCCAUAUUGGAAAGACUUGCAGUUGUUGAUAAAAGACUAUUAGAUGGAGCGGAUGAAUAUCUUCAAAUCAUGGACUUGUGCACUGUAAUCAUGCACCAAAUUUGCCAUAAUCAGAAAUGAUAGGACUGUGGCUAUGUAAACUAACAUCAUAUUUAAAUAUUGUGUCAGAUCCCAUUGACAUGGUGUCAAAAAAUUGGGAAAAAGUUGGAGUAUAAUAAAUGAAAAUGAAGUCUUAAGCAGGCCAAGCCAAGAUAUCAUGCCAUCUUUUGGUGAUGUCAUUUUCACAGUAUCAGGCCAGAAAGAUAAACAUAUUGCCAAUUUUCAAAAAAACAAUGCUACCUGCUGCAAGGUAUGAUGUCCUGAAUGUAGCAAAUAUACCUGUGCUUCCUUGGUUCUCCAAUUCACUAUUUGUUAAAGAGAUCUGUUAACUGUUGAUACAUGAAUUGGUAAGGGGUGGUGAAUCCUUCUUCAAAGGACUUCAUU